AAGGGGGGCAGCCCUGCUUCUCUGCCAGCCUGUUUUUUUGUUUUUUGUUUUCUGGGGAAAGGCUCCUCCGAAGCAGGUAGAGAACAAAGUCUUUUCCCAGGUUUUGGAUGGGUUCCGGAACUCCGUCAGCCCCGCUUAAAACUCCUUGGAUUGGAACCAGUCUGUUUUGAGAAAGAUGGUGACCAGGUCAGGGGACAACUGAGCAACAUGGCUGUGCGGUUUGAGGUUGCAGAGAUGGAGGAAAUGACCAUCUGGGAGCAAUAUACCAUUACGUUGAAUCGGGAUCCCCGGAAGGGUUUUGGCAUUGCCAUUUCGGGUGGCCGCGAUCGUCCAAACAGUUCAGAUGGCGACACCUCUAUUGUCAUAUCAGAUGUGGUGCCUGGAGGCCCAGCUGUUGGACGACUCCAGACCCGGGACAAGAUUGCCAUGGUCAACGGCCUCUCCAUGGAGAACGUGUCUUCAUCUUUCGCCAUCUCCACUUUGAAAACCUGUGGCAAGUUGGCUAAUAUUACGGUAAAAAGACCCAGAAAAAUCCAUCUGCCAGUUGCCAAAUCCAGCCAGCCGAGAAGCCAGCCUUCCUUGACUCCUUCUAAACAUGUAACGGAUGGGAGAAACGAUGACUCGGAUGAGGAUGAUGGGUACCAGGGUGGUGAGUCAGCCCCUUCGGACAGACAUCCCGGGCAGAGCCGGCAGCGGACAGAAGCAGAACAUAACCGCGGUUACGAUGGGGAUUCGUCCAGCGAGAGAAGUUCGGGACAUUAUCGUGAGGAUGACAAUGACGGCACCCGCAGGCAACCCCUCAGGAGCCGGAGGCGGAGCCAAGAGGGGGCCUACCAGAGGCGGAGCCAAGACAGCGGGUCUGAUAGGCCCCCUCUGGCCAAUGGGCACCAUCACAAAGGAAGCACCAGCGGGCUUGUCCUGAUGUCUGGGUUUAAGAGACUGCCAAGGCAGGACGUGCCGAUGAAACCCGUCCGCUCAGUUUUGGUGAAACGGAAGGAGAGUGAAGAAUACGGACUGAAGCUGGGGAGCCAGAUUUUCAUCAAACACAUCACUGAGACAGGAUUGGCAGCCAAGGAUAACUCCCUGCAGGAAGGGGACCUUAUCCUCAAGAUCAACGGCGUUGUCAGCGAGAACAUGUCCUUGGAAGAGACGCGGCAGCUGAUCGAACAGUCCGAGGGAAAACUUACUUUGCUUGUUUUGCGUGAUAACAGCCAGUUCUUGGUCAACAUCCCUCAAGUGAGAGACAGCGAUACGGAAAGUUCCCACCUGGAUGAUAUAUCUGAUCUUGGUUCAGACAUCUCGCCUCCCCCUCCUGUGGGAAGCCCUCCACGUUCUCCUCAGUCUCCGACAAGGGAUUCCCUCCGGGAUUACAGCAGACAAGAAACAAUGGAAGAGUUGACUUCACCACCAGUUCUUAAUCCCGAGGCAUCCCCCAUCAAUGAAUACAAUUUCCGAAGGAAUAAUUCCAUUACGCAAAAUGAUGCGAUUUCAGGGUACAGCCCCGAUUUGAAAGUGGUUCGUUUUAUCAAAGCCAAGAGCAUCGGGCUCCGUCUUACCGGUGGGAACGAUGUUGGUAUAUUUGUGUCUGGCGUGCAGGAGGGCAGCCCGGCUGAAAUGCAAGGCAUCCAAGAAGGCGACCAGAUCCUUCAGGUGAAUGAGAAGCCCUUCCAGAACUUGACUCGCGAGGAUGCUGUGCAGUACUUGAUGGAGUUGCUCCCAGGGGAAGAAGUGACGUUCCACGUUCAGAACAAACAGGACAUUUACAAGAAGAUGGUCAAAUCCAACCUAGGAGAUUCGUUCUACAUCCGCACCCACUUUGAUUUUGAGAAGGAUACGCCUUCCGCCCUGAGCUUUACGCGGGGAGAAGUUUUCCAUGUGGUGGACACGAUGUAUCGGGGCAAAUUAGGAAGCUGGCUGGCUCUGCGGAUGGGAAAGGAACUUCAAGAGCUGGACAAGGGCAUUAUCCCAAACCGGAGCAGGGCAGAACAGUUCGCCAGUCUGGAAACGGUUCUCAAAGCGACAUCGAAGACUUCCAGUUCUUUAGGCGCUCGAGCAGAGUUCUGGAAACUCCGAGGUUUGCGGGGAGCCAAACGGAUGCUGCGCAAAAGCCGGGAAGAUCUUUCAACCCUCACCAAGCAGGGCCACUACCCGCCUUACGAGAAGGUUGUACUCAAGGAAGCCACUUUUAAGCGUCCUGUGGUGAUCCUGGGCCCAAUUGCUGACAUCGCCAUGCAGAAACUGAGCACGGAGAUGCCAGAUCAAUUUCAGAUUGCAGAGAGUGUUAUCAGAGAAGGAGGAACGUCCAAAGUGAUCAAACUGGACACCGUGUGGCAAGUUGCAAAGCAGGAUAAACAUGCAUUGUUAGAUAUCACACCAGCUGCUGUCGAACGUCUCAAUUAUGUGCAGUAUUUCCCCAUUGUGGUCUUCUGUGAGCCUGAUAGCAGGCAAGGAAUCAAGGCCAUGAGGCAAUGGCUGGCACCUGAUUCCAAGAAGAGUUCACGGCGCCUCUAUGCGCAGGCCGCCAAGAUGCAGAAGUAUUGCAGCCACCUCUUCACGGCCACCAUCAGUCUCGCCGGAGGGUCCAACAACUGGUAUCAGACCCUGAAGGAGAUCAUCCAAAUUCAGCAGGCCCGCCCUGUCUGGAUGACGGAAGAACAGGUGGAUGCUUCGGCUGAGGAGAGUCUGGACAUAUUAAACCAGACCUCGGCUAUCAGUAUGGGUGACCUGACUUGUGACAGUCGGGCCAACAGUGAUUAUGAGGAAACGGAUGCAGAAGGAGAACCUUACACGGACCAGGAACUAGACGAGCCCUAUCAAGAGGCAGCUCUGAGCCGUUCUUCGGAGCCAGCAGAACAAAACCUCGAUCGGGAGCUGAAUGAACGUGUGGCAGCUGCUUUGGCUUACCCCAUUGACGUGCAUGAUAGUGAUCACCAACCCCAAGGACAGUGGCACAGCAAUUAUGACAUCAGGGAAUACGAACAUGAAGCAUUGCGGAAGAAGUUCACCCAUGCGCAGACUUACGACUCUGAGUCAGACCAGGACUAUGGUUACGACUGGGGACCUGCCACAGACCUGUGACCACACCAACAGCCACGUGGCCUCCUGCAACUUUCUUGGAUGGCCGUGCAAAGCUGUCGUCGUCAUUCCAAUUUUUGGUGGAACCCUUCCAAGGCCUUUGAUCUCCUUAUAGAGCUCUAAAAACCUAGGAGAUGUGGCAAAAUUUUCAGCCACUGCAAGUUCUCAUGACCAGCUUUGUGCUUGUUCCAGAAAUGUUGCUUUUGUCUUUCACCGUCUUGCCUUAAGUUGUGAACAUCCCAGAGCAGGCAGGAGGAGCAAGCCACCUUUAUUUGAAUUUAUCGUGCCUGAAGCCGUAUUGGCUAGCGAUCUGAACUGCUUGCGAUUGCCUUGAGGACGGAGGCAUUAAAGCAGAGACUCCUCCCCUAUUAAGUUUAUCACACCUGAAGCCAGAUUAGGCUAGCGAUUGGGAGUGAUUGCGGCUAGCUUGAGAGGGAGACAUCAGAGCAAAGAUUUCUCUCUUUUUUAAUUCAUUGCGCCUGAAGCCGAAUUCAGCUAGCAAUUUGAAGAGCCUGCAGCUGGAUUGCGGAGUCAACCUUUGGAGAGUGAUUCUUCGACUCGCAAAUAUACUUCCCAUAUUUCCGAUGGUCUUAGGCGACCCCUGGCAAAUCGUCAUUCGACCCCCAACAGGGUCUCGACCCACAGGUUGAGAACCGCUGAUCUAGAAGAUCAAGGGUUUCCACCGGCCAUCUCAACAAGCUCAUAAUAUGGCUUUGGAAGGACUUUACAACCAUUUUAAUGUCAUUCUGGAUCCAUAAUAAGGAGCUUCAAGUAGUCUAUACAUCAAUGUUUCUCAACCCUAACAGCUUGAAGAUGUCUGGACUUCAAUUCUCAGAAUUCUGGGUGUUGAAGUCCAGACAUCUUCCAGUUGCCAAGAUGGAGGAAUACUGUACACAGCAUCAUUAAGGCCACUUCUAUACUUCAAGUGAGGCGAAGAACUUCCAUCUCAUGUUUUAACUUGAUACACAAUGCUUUUAAGAAACUAACCUACGUCCAUUCACAAAGUUGAGAACUGUCUUAAGAAUUUUAAAUCUACACCUCACGUAUUGUCUUUCCUUACCAAAGAGGACUAUUUUUGCUUACAAACCACACUCCGUGUUUUAUCUUUUUAAAUCUUUCUCCCUGCGUAUAUCACCAGCUACAAUAAUAUAAUUCCCUACACGCCAGUCAAGAGCCCCUUCCACACCCUUUCACUUCAGGCCUAGAGUGUCGCUGUGUAAUCUCACAAGACCGAAAAUUAAGGCCGACAUUUCACGAGAUUGCCAAUUUUGACUACUAUACAACUCCAAAAUCUCAUUCAAUCUCGCCUGAAAUCGUUCAUGAUUCAGCUUUUUUUUUUUAAAGUUCAAUUGGGAGGCUACACAUUUAUGGUACAGAUAGUCCUCGAGUUAUGACCGUAAUGGAGCCGGCCCAUUAAGGUCAAAAGUAAAGUGACCAGAUUUCAACAAUGGCAAAGCGGGGGGGGGGGGGCUGCGCAUGCGCACUGAGUCUUGCCACCUGCCUGAAGGAGGAGGAGCGGCUGCUGCUUCUCCGCUCUUCCAGGCAGGCUUGGCUCUCUCCUCUCCGCUCUUCCAGGCAGGCUCGGCUCUCCUCUCCGCUCUUUUCUUCCUCUCAGGUGAAGUCAAGCAGCGUCUCUCCUCCCUCUCCGCCACUCCCCUUCUCCGCCUCCUCCUCUUGCGUUGCCGCCUCCCAUUUUCAGAAUGGGAGUGAAACAAAAAAAAAUCGGGACUUUUUGGAAUUGCUGCGGGAUGCGGGACAAAUUAUUCAAAAGUGGGACUGUCCCGCCAAAAGCGGGACGUCUGGUCACUAUAGUCAAAAGUCGGCAUACACCUUACUAGGGGCACUAUUGUUCUGGUUCCCUAGAAUUUUAUAACUCCCUUUUUUAUAAUUUGCAAUGUGGUAGUCAGAGGGUGAUUUAAUUCUGCCUUUUUAAUGAAAAAAUGUGAAAAGAGUAUUAAGCAUACUUCAUUACUUUUUUAAAAUCUGUAUAACUUCCCUUUGGGAUUUCUCUCCCCUUGUGCAUUUUUGUGCGCCCGCUGACAAGGAGCAGCCUGGGAUGAGGGAAUCUGAUGUAUUGCCUUAAUGUACACGUCAAUCUUCUUCAUAUGGGAUGAUUGAAGAUGGAGGAGCCGUGGCUUGCCCGUCCAUCAUUUGUGCCUUUUGUAUUAUUAAAGCAUUCCCUUUCAGCUAA